AUGGUUUAUCAAGCACUUAAUGAUUACCCGAAAACGGCAUCUUUUUCGGCGUUAUGGAUAUCAACAGACGAGAGACUGAGCGACUUCUACACAUCGGCAUGGCAACGAGGGGAGUCACCAAUGCCAUUGCUAAUUGUGCGAUUGUUGCUCGCCGCCUUUGCACUCGCCAUCCUCACGUGGUCACUCAUCGAAAAUGCCAACCCCUAUUGGCUGCUGUAUCUCACCAGCUGGGGAAUGUUGUUGGUGGCAGCUAUGAUGAUGAGUGGCAUUAUAGUCUCUUUUGCAUUUGUGUGCAGGAAACCCACUGAGACAUCGGUCUUGCCCUGGUACGUAAGUUUGUACUGGGGGAUUUUCAAUGUAACAGUGACCAUGUCAGCCACGAUCAAUGCUCUCUACUGGUUAUUGUUGCACAAUCCAGCAUUACAAAAUGAGAUGGGUAUGCGUGAUUUUUGGCUGAACAUAGCGACACACGCCUUUACAUCGUGUAUAGUAGUAGCCGAGCUGCUAAUCUCAAGGACACCUAUCAGAUUGGGACACAUCUACCAACCGCUUUGUUUUGGUGUCUUGUACGGACUCUUCACUAUCAUAUACUACAUAGCCGGCGGUACCGAUAUAAAUGGCAAUGAAUUUAUAUAUGAUGUUCUCAACUGGCAAUAUCCGAAGCGUUCAAGCAUCCUACUGAUUUCCUCCGUGGCUUUUUUGAUCAUUCUAUAUUUUUUGCUGUGGAGCCUCGCACUGAUCAGAGACAAGUGUUCCAUGGCCCUCGUGCGUACCCAUUCCUUACCGCUGCCAGAACCUAAUUUAUUGGCACUAUAG